AUGUCUUCAUCGCAAGAAAAUGACAUAGUCCAGGUUGCGGAUCAGCUACCCUGGAACCCCAACUGCACUAAAUUUCCCUCGCUGAAGGAGCUGCCGAAGCUCCCCGGAGCACCUGAGGGUGCGGCUUGGGUAUGGGGUGAGAAUGACCAGCUCGGACGAUUGAACUUGCUCACCCCGCAACGUGUAAAGCAGUCUGCUCAAGAGAUCGUCACGGGAGAAAUGGUGCGAUUGGAUCUUCCAAUGAACGUCCCCGAGCAACCGGCGUUUGACCGAGAGCCCUUCAAGCACACUCUGAAGACACUUGUGGAUGGGAUUGCCUAUGACGACUGCUAUUCACUUAACACCCAGAGUGGAACUCAGUGGGACGGGUUCCGUCAUUUCGCGCAUUGUGAAACCAAGCUGUUCUAUAACAAGGCAACGGGCGAAGAUUUUGUAGGAGAGAAUCCCAACAUGCGCUGCAGUAUCCACCACUGGGCUGAGCAUUGCGUUGCUGGACGUGGAAUCUUGCUCGAUUACCGGUACUAUGCUUUGAAGCACAACAAGCCCUAUGAUCCGUACACAUCUCAUGCCAUCACUCUGGAGGAAUUGAAAGCCUGCGCUGCAUUCCAGGGAGUUGACAUUCGCCCAGAGUCGCAGGGAGGCGACAUCCGUCCCGGCGACUUCCUUCUUAUCCGAUCUGGCUUUGUGGAGAAGUACGACUCGCUGAGUCCAGAGGCACGAUAUGCCGCCGCCACUCGAUCUCACGACAACCUGUGCUAUGCAGGCGUUGCGCGGGAUGAGAAUAUGCGGGAAUGGCUCCAUGACUGCUACUUUGCAGGUGUGGCUGGUGACUCGCCCACCUUUGAAGCCUGGCCUGUUCCUGCAAUGGACUUUUUGCACCAGUAUCUGUUGGCUCUCUGGGGCUGCCCGCUGGGUGAGAUGUGGAAUCUGGAGAAGUUGGCGGAGAAGUGUCGCGAGCGCGGAAAGUGGACGUUCUUCUUGACGAGCGCGCCGGCUUAUGUGCCCGGUGGUGUUGGUUCUCAUGCCAAUGCAACUGCAAUUUUGUAG